UCUAGCUAGCACAGUCCCCGCUGUCUUUUAAACCUCUUCCCGUGCUUCUAGAGUAACACGUAUCCUAAAAUGUCUUCACCGCUUCUUCUCAGGGCCUUCGUGACCGAGCGCCUGACAGCCGCCGCGGAGGAAAUAUUUCAGGUGUUUGAGAGGACGAUAGCAAAAUACGAGGAAGAAGCGAGCAGCUCCCAGCAGGAGAUCGAGCGACUCAGAGGUCUGCUGCUGGAGUUCAUGACAAACCAGAAAAGAGAUGUUCUUCAGUUGUCUGUUUGUAAAGAGGAGUCACCGCCUGAGCAGGAGCCAUGUGAGCGCGCACCGAGCAUCAGCGUCCAUAAGGGCAAUGCAGAGCCUCGACAUAUUAAAGAGGAAGACGGUGAACUCUGGGCUGGUCAGGAGCAAGAUGAAAAACAGGCCGAAGAGUUUCAUGAUGCUGAUGCCUCAUAUCCACCUCACUCUUCUGUUUGGGAGGAAAAUGAGCUAGAGGACACGAAACCAUCUCUGCAGCCUGAAGUGCAAAACUGUGAACGUGAUGAGGAGUUUCUGGAGGAGCAGGAAACCAGAACUGUGCAGUUCAUAUUGCCUCUCACAUUGACAUCUUCUUCACAAACUCUAGCCCAAAGUGAAAGUGUCCAGGACGGAAGGGAAAGCAAAAGAGCUGCUGCUAGUUUUUCAUCAGAACAAACCCAGGCGCCCUUUAGCACUUUCAGAGAAUCCACUGAGUUACCUCAUUUUAACACUGCUGCACCUGACUAUCAUUGCCAUUUGUGCAAUAAAUCGUUUUCCUCCAGCCAUCACCUGAUAAAUCAUGCUUUCCACAUGCAUUCAGCAAACGCAGGUGCCAUCUGUGCCGUGUGUGGAAAGACGUUUGAAUCCACGGAAAGCCUUAACAUGCACCUGAAAUCGCACAAGGGCUCAAAAUGUUGCCACAUGUGCGGUAAGCAGUGCAACAGCACGACCGCACUGACCGAGCACAUGGCAAGCCACGCCGGAGUGAAACUGCAUCGUUGCCACGUGUGUGGGAAAGAGUGCAGCCGCAAAGGGGAUUUAAAGAUACAUAUGAGGAUUCACACGGGUGAGAAGCCUUUCUGCUGCUCCUUUUGUUGCAAAAGUUUCACCCACAGCGGACACCUGAGGAAGCACAUGAGAAGCCACACAGGCGAGAGGCCUCACCGCUGUGGUAUCUGUGGCAGAGGGUUUCUACAGAGUGCACACUUGAAAUAUCACCUGGGGACUCACACUCAGAAAUACUGACUCAUUCAUCCCCCUGGGCUCAUAUUUAAUAAUGAAAAAUGUUCAAAAGAGACGCCAAACUUUGCUGUAAAGAGCAAGAAGACCCAUUAUAAAGGUGCUUAAAGCAAAGUGUCAGUAACAUUUAAAGUGGGUCUAAUUCACUUAUUUUUAUCUCCAUGUUUUUGUUCUUGGGCUUUGCAUGAUUCACAGUUCAAAAUAAUCCUUAUUUAUCCUAUUCUGGGCCUCCAGUUCAUCCACUGUCUGAAAACAUGUUUUUAGGUCCUCUGAGCAGCACCCUUGUAAAAGCAAGUCUCUGCACUCAGCAGCAGGUUAUUAUUUGGAGAAAUCGAUUGAAGCAUGAACUAAAUUAACUUGAAUUUUAAUGCUGCAUGUAUAGAAUCGCCAGUUAAAUCUCAAAACUAAAUAAAGCACUUUAAAAUGUUCAAUGACUUCCCCUAAAAUACAUUUUAAGGAAGGUUUUCCUCUGGAAGUUAACACUUUGUUGUUUUGUAGUUUCUCUUUAAUAGCUGCUAUCAGGUGACACUGUGAUUAAUCAUCUGUAUGUUCUGAUGUAUCUGAUUCAUUUUCUUUAAUAAAAAUCACAUUUUACUGAAAGAUGUGUUAUAGAAAACCAAA